CCCGCGGGGGGCGCGGCGUUGGCAGCCCCGGCCCCUGGGCCGGGCAGUGGUGGCCCAGGGCCCCGCGUCUACUUUCAGAGCCCCCCUGGGGCUGCAGGCGAGGGCCCAGGCGGCGCGGACGACGAGGGCCCAGUGAGGCGCCAAGGGAAGGUCACGGUCAAGUACGACCGCAAGGAGCUACGGAAGCGCCUCAACCUGGAGGAGUGGAUCUUGGAGCAGCUCACUCGCCUCUACGACUGCCAGGAAGAGGAAAUACCAGAGUUGGAGAUUGAUGUGGAUGAACUCCUGGACAUGGAAAGUGAUGAUACCCGGGCUGCCAGGGUCAAGGAGCUGCUGGUUGACUGUUACAAACCCACUGAGGCCUUCAUCUCUGGCCUGCUGGACAAGAUCCGGGGCAUGCAGAAGCUGAGCACACCCCAGAAGAAGUAAGGGUCCUCGACCCACAUGAAUGGUGGCUCCCACAGGACAAUCGCUGCCCCCCGACCUCGUAGCAACAGCAAUACCGGGGGGCCCUGCGGCCAGGCCUGGCGCCAUGAGCAGGGCUCCCCGUGCCCCUGGCCCAGGGGCCUCUUCCCUGCCCCCUCAGUUUUCCAUUUUGGGGUUUUUUAUUGUUAUUAAACUGAUGGGACUUUUUGUGUUUUUAUAUUGAUUCUGCGGCGCGGCCCUUUAAUAAAGCUAGGAUAUGCCUUUGGUGCAGCUAA